AUGAAGAACUGCCGUGGCUUGCGGCAAAAAACAAUAAUAUGUUCAAAAUGCCAAAUUUUUCUACCAUCGUUUAUGAGCAUUCGUUUUUGGUGUCAGCUAUUCGUCUGUGGCAGGAAUUACCAACAGGAAUUACAAAUUCAUCGUCACUUCAAAUUUUCAAAAAAUAAAGCAUAUGAAUUUUUUAUAAAUAAAGAAGCAAACUCUUGA